AUGGCCUACUCAGACGCGACAAACGAUCAAAAGAUCGUCAUCGUUGUCAAUGGCGUCGUUCGCUUCAUCCAGCUGAGCGUCGGAGUCCUCACCAUCUUCUUGUACGCCUCCGAGAAAAGAUAUUGGUUAGACAAUGGCCUCCCCGGCAAGCUCAACUUCGAGUUAGUCCUCGGGUCUUUCGCUGUCAUGGCAGGACUCGCCCUUGGCAUUAUACUCUUGAAGAUGUCCUAUCGCCCCGUUGCCCUGGCCUGUCCAUGGGAUUUGAUCAUGUUCUUCAUGUACUCGGCUGCCUUUGGUUACAUGAGAGCCACCAAUGCCAAACUUGAUAAGGAACGCUUUAAUACCAAAGACCCGUCGAAUUACGGAUUAUACUAG